AAUAUGAUUUGCUUUUUUUCUCUUUAUUCUAUUAAAUAUGUUAUCAACAAAAUCAAUCUAUCUUCAAUAUUUGUAGAUAUCAGGUAAAUUUUCAAAUUCUUUUUUACUUGAUUUACUUUGUAUAUUACGUAUAUUAAUAUUAGGUUUUUUAUGUAAACUAGGUAAAGAAGAACCUGCAAUUUAAUUAUAUUUUAAUAGACUAUUCGAAACAUCAUUUAAUAUUUAUUCAUCGGUUUCAGGAGGUUAAUAAGGUGCAUAUUUAUAUUAUUAUUCAAUUUAUUCAAUUUAUUUCAUAUAUUUAUUAGAAAUGUAUCCUGGUCCAUUAUUUUUGAGGGAAUUUAUGAAAUUUUCUGAAGCUGCUUAAAGUCUGUUUUAUUCUUCUUUUCUAGUUUUAAUCUUGCUAAUAUUAUGGAGGACUUUUUAUUAUUUUUCAAGUUAUAUUUUUCUCUCAAUUUAAUCGUUUUCUUAUUUUCUUAACUCAUAUUAUUUAAAAAUAGCUUCAUUAAUAUUAUUAAAGACUUAUAGAUUUUUCUAGUUUUUUUAUUGUCGGGUUUUAUUCAUUUUUCUUAUAAACAUAUUGGCCUCAUGUUUUGCUUAUAUAUCGUCUGAUAUUUUGAUCAUUUCUUUUAUUUGAUUAUUUUGCUUUAUUAUUGGUAAAAUUUCCUUAUUAUGAUUAUUAUAAUGAGAACCAUUAUUAUUUUUUAAUGAAGAAAUAGAUUAUUUUUGUAUGAUUUCCGGUUGUUUUUAUAUUUAGUGACGUAGAAGUUAUAUUUCCCUAUU